GCGACGUGGUUAGGUCGGGGCCGCGAUUUGGGACACAGCCUUUCUUCGCGAUGACAUCAUCACCGUCAGCUGGUGAGGAGAAGGAAACUAGUGCACUAGGGAGCGAGGGAGGCAGAGCGAGUGAGAGAGACUGCGGCUGGUAAACAUGGCCGCCAGCAGGUUUGCUAGAGGAGAGUAAGCUGCGAGCUGCAGGCGGCGUAAUGGAGGACGAGUCCGCCGACCCUUAUUUACCCUACGACGGCGGAGGGGACACGAUUCCUCUGCAGGAGAUCCGCAUGAGAGGCUCCAUCUACAACAUGUCUAACGGCGGGGGCGGAGCCGGAGGGGUGAGUAGCUCCACCCACCUCCUGGAUCUGUUGGAAGAGCCGAUUCCGGGAGUGGGCACCUACGAUGACUUCCACACCAUCGACUGGGUCAGAGAAAAGUGUAAAGACCGCGAGCGACACCGCAAGAUUAACAGUAGGAAGAAGGAGUCAGCAUGGGAGUUUACAAAGAGUCUGUACGACGCCUGGUCUGGAUGGCUGGUGGUGACAUUAACAGGGCUGGCUUCAGGUGCCUUGGCGGGUUUGAUAGACAUCGCUGCUGACUGGAUGAAUGACCUGAAGGAGGGUGUGUGUCUCAGUGCCCUGUGGUUUAAUCAUGAGCAGUGCUGCUGGGGCUCCAACGAGACCACAUUCGCCGAGAGAGACAAGUGUCCCCAAUGGAAAACGUGGGCCGAACUUAUCCUGGGCCAGGCUGAGGGUCCUGGCUCCUACAUUAUGAACUACUUCAUGUACACGUACUGGGCUCUGACCUUUGCCUUCCUUGCGGUUAUUCUGGUCAAAGUGUUUGCCCCGUACGCCUGUGGCUCUGGGAUCCCUGAGAUUAAAACCAUCUUGAGCGGGUUUAUAAUCCGGGGUUACCUGGGCAAAUGGACCCUGAUGAUCAAGACCAUUACUCUGGUGUUGGCUGUGGCAUCAGGACUCAGUCUGGGGAAAGAAGGUCCACUGGUGCACGUGGCCUGCUGCUGUGGAAACAUCUUCUCAUACCUGUUCCCCAAGUACAGCAAGAAUGAGGCCAAGAAACGAGAGGUGCUGUCUGCAGCCUCAGCUGCGGGUGUGUCCGUGGCGUUUGGCGCUCCUAUAGGAGGAGUGCUCUUCAGUCUCGAGGAGGUGAGUUAUUACUUCCCGCUGAAGACCCUAUGGCGGUCCUUUUUCGCUGCCCUGGUGGCAGCAUUCGUGCUUCGGUCCAUUAACCCGUUUGGGAACAGCCGCUUGGUUCUGUUCUAUGUGGAGUACCACACACCCUGGUACCUGUUUGAGCUCUUCCCGUUCAUCCUGCUCGGUGUAUUUGGUGGUCUGUGGGGCGCCUUCUUUAUCCGAGCCAACAUCUCCUGGUGCCGCCGGCGCAAGUCCACACGUUUUGGCAAGUACCCAGUCCUGGAGGUGAUCACAGUGGCAGCCAUCACAGCCAUCGUGGCUUUCCCCAACCCGUACACACGGCAGAACACGAGUCAGCUGAUUAAGGAGCUGUUCACGGACUGUGGGCCGCUGGAAUCGUCGCAGCUGUGCCAGUAUCGCAGCCAGAUGAACGGGAGCCGGGCGUAUUCAGAGGGCGCAGAGGCCACCACCACUCCAGGAGUUUACUCCGCCAUGUGGCAACUCAGCCUGGCGCUCAUCUUUAAAAUCAUCAUGACCAUCUUCACCUUUGGCUUAAAGGUUCCCUCUGGUUUGUUCAUUCCCAGCAUGGCAAUUGGAGCAAUAGCGGGUCGUAUUGUGGGCAUUGCUGUGGAGCAGCUCGCUUACUACCACCAUGACUGGUUCCUGUUUAAGGAGUGGUGUGAGGUGGGGGCAGAUUGCAUCACUCCAGGUCUCUAUGCCAUGGUAGGAGCUGCAGCUUGCUUGGGUGGUGUCACGCGGAUGACCGUGUCUCUGGUGGUCAUUGUGUUCGAGCUGACUGGCGGGUUGGAGUACAUCGUGCCCCUCAUGGCUGCAGUGAUGACCAGUAAGUGGGUGGGAGACGCGUUCGGGCGCGAGGGCAUCUACGAGGCGCACAUCCGCCUCAAUGGCUACCCGUUCCUGGACGCGAAAGAAGAGUUCACACACACCACGACUGCGCGUGAAGUGAUGCGGCCUCGACGUAACGAGCCACCUUUAGCAGUGCUGACUCAGGACGACCUGACGCUGGGGGAACUGCAGACCAUCAUCAACGAUACGAGCUACAACGGCUUCCCUGUCAUCGUCUCCAAAGAGUCCCAGAGACUGGUGGGGUUCGCCCUGCGCAGGGACAUCACCAUAGCUAUAGAGAAUGCACGGAGGAAGCAGGAAGGCAUCGUGCUAAACUCGCGUGUGUAUUUCACGCAGCACGCCCCAACGCUUCCUGCUGACAGCCCGCGUCCUCUGAAGCUGCGCAGCAUCCUGGACAUGAGUCCCUUCACCGUCACAGACCACACGCCCAUGGAGAUCGUCGUGGACAUUUUCCGCAAGCUUGGCCUGCGCCAGUGCCUCGUCACGCACAACGGGAUUGUAUUGGGCAUCAUCACUAAGAAGAAUAUUUUAGAGCAUCUGGAGGAGCUCAAGCAGCACACGGAGCCCCUGGCGUCUCCUUGGUAUCAUCACAAAAAAAGAUAUCCUCCGUCACAUGGCCCAGAUGGCAAACCAAGAUCCCGAGUCCAUAAUGUUCAACUAGUGCCCUCCUACACCAGACACACCGAAGAGGAGAGUGAAGAGGAGGUCCGAUUACUGGACGAUAUGUCCCACUGACCCGUUUGUGUCCUGCCCUGCCCCCUACCCCCCUUGUCCCGCAUGGCUCCAAACUGGGGACCGGCUGCACUGGUGGAAUCUUCCAGAUCUCCAUCCAGGCCUUCAGGAAGAAGAAAACAAUGAAGGAAGAAGGACUUCCCUGAAAAAUGCUUGAAAGAUAAUCCAGAGCUUGAUGAUGAUAAAUGCACUAAUGCUAACGUACUCGCACAUGGGCUGAUGCUGACCCGGCUCGGUCUCACCUUGUUAGAUCUCAGUGGGGUGAAAGGUCAUGAUGAGCCGCACAAGUGCGAGGAGGGACCUUGAGGAUAAAACUUUGAUCACUUUGACUCUUGCCACCUGAACCAACCCUGCUGCGUUCCCACUAAAGACUCCGCAAACAUUGUUUACCUGUAACACAUGAGCGUGAGUGAGUGAGAAAAUGAGAAUUUCCCCUACAUUCCAGUCAGGAUGUCACUCUGUGUUCCAUCUGAAGCAAGACAAAAAGCAUCUGGUGUGUGUGUGUGUGUGUGUGUGUGUGUGUGUGUGUGUGUGUGUGUGUGUGUGUGUGAAUGCUGAAACCGUGAUUGAUCAUUGUGCAGUGAUCCCGUUUCCAAAAGGAAGUUUGACACCAUCACCAUGUGCAAAGCUGCCUAAAGUGGUUCUCGGUUUAAUUUUCAUCACUACAGAUCGUCAGGGAAAUAAGGGCAGGAGGCCAGUUCCGUUUUCCUGACACGUUUCUUUGGUACUUAUCUAUUCAUUUGGGUUCUUUUUAUUUAUUAUUUUUUUAAUUUAGUUUCAGGAUGUGUAUUGCUACAAAAGCUAGACGUAUUUAUUAAUUGUUUAACGUACCAAGUCCAUCCUCUGAGUUUUAGUAAGAAAUGUGACACCUUUAAAGAUGCUGCACUCGGGUUUGAAAGUCCCCUCGCUUCCCGGCUCAGCGUCCGACUUUCACCACUCGCUUUCGGGCAGGCGUGUGUAACUGGAGCAAAUAUUCACAGUUCAUCUCAGCGCAUGUUUCCUCUGCUUAUUAUUAUUAUUUUGCAGCUUGAAAAAUGACCCCGUGUUGAACGGAGUAAAAGUUGAGCCCGGCUUUUAUCUUGAAUCGGAUCAUAAAAAUAUUCAACGCUCAAAGUUGACAGUCAGAAAUCUCAACAGCACUCAUGCAAUAGCGGUUAUUUUUUUGGACAGUGUGAGAGAUUUUGAGAGAUGCUCUAGUCGGAGUGGGGAGUAGAGCAAGUGUGUGGUGGCAUGAGAAAUGACACAGAUAUGUGUACACACACACACACACACACACACACACCUGUGUUUUUAUUAGCCUGGCUCCUUACAAAACAGGAAGACAACCAAGGCAAGGGUAAAAAAAGAAAGGAAGCACGUCUAGGUGCAGUAUGGUGGUGGUUUUUUUUUUUUUUUUUUUUUAAAUGGUUUCUUAGAUUUGGUAUAGGAUGCAGACAGAAAAAACACCACACUUUUGGGCUAUUUUUUUUUUUCUCUUGUUUUUUUUGGUCAGCCAGAGAGACUGGUCUGUAUCCAUGAUGUUUGGAAUCCUAUUUAGAUUUCCGGAUAUUUUUCCAGCAACGGUAAUAGCAUACGACCUGUGGAAUAAAGUGUUUCUGUCGACACUGAAAUGAGAAACGCCAACAAUGUAGAAAAAUGUAAUACUGUGCACUAAAAUCUUUUUUUAAUAUCAAAUCAGCUGCUUGCUAUGGUGAGUAUCGGUGCAGUUAGUUAGUAAAAUAACUAACGAUGCUAACGACAUCUCAGAAAAGUGUACUGUGGUGUAAUAAAUCAGGAUAUCAAGCCCAGCCGUCUGCUCUGCUCGUCCCUGAGGAUUAAUUGGAACCUUAUACAGGAAGAUGAAAACGCCGUCAUUCAAACUCCUCCAUGGAUCUAAAGUUCCUCUGUGAGGUCACAGCACAGCAUCGGUCCUGAUUGUUUUUCUCUGACAGCACACACACUGCUGUGCUUCCUUUUUUUUUAUUUAAAAUCAUAAUCAAAGUGCAUUUGUAAAUCUGAAAGCUCUAAAUGUUCUGGUAAAACCAAUGUUUAAUGGCACAAUCUCAGCGGACUGGCAGAUUUUCACUGGGUUUUGAUUUUUUUUUUUUCACCAUCAGAUUUGUCCUUUCUUCCUUCAGUACUGCUGCGUCUCAUUGUUUAUCUUUAAUCAUUUUUAACAAUUCAGUUUUUGCAUCUCCGCGCUCUGGAAAAAGGUUACGUCCUCUAAAAUACUACUGAUGUCCUCAUCCUAAGCUAAGCUGUUAGUCUCGCAUCUCUACUGCAGUCUGUGUUCAUCAGGUUAUGAAGGAGAAAAAAAAAAGCUAAAAUGACUGUCCUCAAUGUUCCUCUCAAUUUUUUUUUAAUUUAUAUUAGCACUAGAUUUGUACAUUACUGUAAAUUUUAAGUACAGUUGCAUAUGAUUGAUGGUUUGAUUGUACAUUUAAAAGGUGUAAAAUUAAAUUGUUUAAAAUGAA